AUGUCACUGUCGUUGGAGACUAGCGCCGGAUACAUUGACUCAGAAUACAGUGACUUUGAACAUGUGGAUCCCUUGUCUACAAUUGAGAAAUCGUCACCCAAAUUCGGCCGAGAUGAUAUGAAGUACCUCGCCGAUCGCAAUGUAGCACCGGGAUUAUUAUGUGGCAUAGAGGCCAUUUCCGAGAAAACACCUAAAACCUCUGGACGUGACAAUAUGACCUUAAGCCAUAACUAUGUAGAUCAUACAACAACCAAAUCUUUUAUUUCUGGACGGCACAACUCUAGGAGAGAUGACAGGUUUUCGUCUAACAGGGAGUUCAGCGUUGAGUAUUUUUCGGAUGAAUCGUGUAGAGCUGACACAGUCAACAAUGGGUUCAAGUGGUGGUGUGACGAGCAGGAGGCAUCAGACUUUUCAGUAGCAAAUACGGGCGAAGAUGUAACACCCAUCAAAUUCGAGUCGGUGGUUCCUAUCGAGGAACGUAAAAUGCUAGACGCGCUUCAUGCAGUGCAACUUGGUAAUCCACAACAGAUGAGUGACAGGACCAGGUGCGGUUCCACGUCAUCAGACGAUUGCGAAUCGAAUGAGAGUCUCUGUUCUGCUAUGAGUUCGCCAAGGGAACUACCUGAAGAUCAAGAGGAGGAAUGGUCCAGCUUUAUGAAACCAGCAGAUUCGGAUGUGGAAGUCGAUUUGCUUAAAGAACAAAUUCUGCAUAGGUUAGGCCUCAAACUUACGAAUGUGAGAAUGAAAGGGCCCUUGGAAAAGCAAUGUAACCGGAAAUGUGAUGCUGCCUCACAAACGAGUGAAGAUGGCUUUGUUUCCGCAUAUAAAGAUUACGAAAUCGUUUGGUUAAGGAAUGUUAAUGGCAUGCUUUCAAAACAGUUUAUUGAGCUUAUUAGUGGAGGUAAGCUUAUGGCAUACAAGACGGAUCAGAGAUUUAUUGAAAGUCUGCAGUCCCAUCUAAGUAGAUCACAGACUGAGAUUGACCGUCUGCUGCGCAUCAACCCUGACCCACUCAAUUGUAAAGAUGAGUGCCCCAAUGAUAGCAAUCUCAUCGAUGAGUUGGCGAUGAUAAAAGCUCAAAACCUUAAUCUGAAAAAAGAGGUUGAAGUGUUGAAGGCUCAACUACGACAGGCAAAUGAAACAGAUUCGUUUGUGGAACGUGUCAAGGCGCUAGAACAAAAGUUGAGGGAGGAAAGGUUGUCUAAAAUGGCGCUCAUGGAGGAUUUUAACAAAACCCUGGGGUACAUGAGGCUCAUGAAAGACAGGCUCAAAACACUUUCUGAAGAGAAGUGUGCCCGAUUGUUGACUCCUAGCUCUGCGAUGACAGACUUUCCCGGCCGAUUCAACGCCGGAGAGUGCACCAGCAAACCCGCCGUAAAGCCGAAUACGCUGAAAGGUUGCGUGAAGCGUUCAAACACAACUAGCUGCGCCCCCAGUAAACAGGAUAGAGUCAAAUUUGCGGAAACAUCGGAUGUCUACUAUCUACCGAAAAGGUCAAAUUCCGAACUAGGGCCUUUUUUGGUGGAUAGUAAGAGACAAAUGCCCAUCCUUCCUUGUAAGAUAAGACCAGUAGAUCCAAAGGCCAAAUCCGAGAACAACAGUGGAUUAAUGGGUUUUAUAAAGAGCAUAAAGCAAACUUUUAGUAAUAAAUUGGAUCAGACUUCACCGAGGGCAAACGUGCUUAAAAUACCAAAUGGUCAGGAAUCACAAACGCAACAAAAACUGGCAAUGUACAAAAGGCACCUGCUUUCCAGAGGUCUUUCAUAA